GUAGCUCGCGUCUGUGGGUGCGGCUCUCGUCUUCCUGGUCGAUUCUGUCCAAUCAGAUGUCUUCAUCUUAAUGCUGUCCACACAGCUCGUAAAGGAAGCAAGUGACAUAUUCCACAGCAGCAGACCGCCGCUGUUUCUUCUGGACAAACCCAGCCGCAGCAUGAGGCAUGGAGGGUCGGAAUAUAACCACAGUGGUCCUGCUGGCCUGCGGGUCCUUCAACCCUGUCACCAACAUGCACCUGAGGAUGUUUGAGCUGGCCCGAGAUCAUCUGGAGGACACAGGUCAGUACAGGGUGGUGAAGGGCAUCAUCUCUCCUGUGGGUGAUGCCUACAGGAAGAAGGGAUUGAUUGAGGCCUGCCACCGUCUGGAGAUGGCCAGACUGGCCACAGAAAACUCGGACUGGAUCAUAGUAGAUUCCUGGGAGAGCUUCCAGUCGGAGUGGUUGGAGACAGCUAAAGUUGUUCGGCAUCACUAUGAUGAACUGCUUGCUGCAGAGCAGAACAACGACGAUGUGGACACAGUCAAGUAUGCAAAAAAGAGACGUAUAAAGGAGAAUUAUUUUGAGGGCUCGUCUCAUCACAAAAGGAGAGAUGGCCCUCAGCUAAUGUUGCUGUGCGGGGCUGAUGUCCUGGAGUCCUUUGAGAUCCCCAAUAUGUGGAAGCAGGAAGAUAUCGCUGAGAUUGUGGGUCACCACGGGUUGGUGUGCAUCACCCGCAACGGCAGCGACCCUCACAAGUUCAUCCACCAAUCAGAUCUGCUAUGGAAGUAUCGCAAAAACAUCCAUGUGGUCCACGAAUGGGUGACCAAUGACAUCUCAGCCACCCAAGUGCGCCGGGAGCUGCGUCGAGGUCGGAGCGUCAAGUACCUGCUGCCAGACGUUGUGGUUCAUUAUAUACACGAGCACGAGCUCUACAGUGCUGAGAGCGAGCAGAAAAAUGCAGAUGUGGUUCUAGCACCCCUUCAGAGAUACACGGCUGCCUCAUCAAGCGUUUCUCACAAAACAGCAGCCUCUUUUCUGGACUCCCUACAGUCUGAGGGCUGCAUUGUAUUCACGCAGACACAUUUCAGAAGGAGGUCAAAAGAGAUCACCAAAAUGCCACCCAGCCUUUGCGGUACGUGGGAAAUGGUUAGCUGUGUCAAUUUUGAGGGCUACAUGAUUGCACUGGAUAUCAGCCCUUACUUACGAAAGAUCGCUAUGAAACUGAAGCUGAGGAAGGUGAUUGAGCCGCACGGGGACCAGCUAAUCAUCAAAACACUCAGCACCUUCCGAAACUACAGCGUCUCCUUCAGAGUGGGUCAGGAGUUUGAGGAGUUUACCCGAGGACUGGACAGCAGGCAUGUCAAGUCACUGGUGACAUGGGAAGGGAAUAAACUGGUGUGUGAGCAAAUCGGAGAGAAGAAGAACCGGGGUUGGGCUCACUGGACUGAAGAGGACAAGCUACAUCUGGAGCUGUACUGUGAAGGAGAAGUCUGCAAGCAGGUUUUUAAGAAGAAAGUGAACGAUUGAAGAGGAAUCAAAGCUGGAUUUCCGGAGACAUUUAUUUGUGAUUAAUGAAAUCAUGUGUUAAAUGGACCAUUCUCGACCCUGAGCAACUGAAACCACACUUAGUGUUUGUGGUAUGUUCUCUGUAAUGUGACUUCAAAUGUCUUUCCUGUCAGGGUUUGGAACAACUGGAACCACUAGAUGGCAUCAGUGCAUUAUUUUGUGAGAAGUGGGUCCACACUGGUCUGUAGCUUGGUGGUGCUUGGCCUCUGUAUAUAGAAUCCUGUCAGUCCUUGGCUCCUUUCAGCUGGCUGAAAAGAAAAAUUGUCUGUGCAGGUUCUGUUUUGUUUUAUUUAUUUUUUUUUGUUUUCAAUUUUUAUUUGACCUUUAUUUAUCCAGACAAACCUUUAAGAACACCUUCUUAUUCACAGUGGUGGCCUGGCUUUUUCAGAUCUCCUACCAUCUGAAAGGACAAAUUUGAGAUGCUACAUUUUCUUUGCAGUGUGCUGUCAUUUGGUUGAGCUGUCUGUGAAAAAUAAAAUCCCUAAUUCCUGUACAUACGUUUAUAUCAGAUGUACAACAGAAAGUGAGGAUACUUUGGAAUGCAGUUUUCUUUUUGUACAAUAAAAUGAGUUUUGACAGAAA